AUGAACAACUCAACGGCAGAGGCAUUUGUCAUGAUGCAUUCAACGUCGGAAAUCAUUGAGAUGUUCUAUCAACUUGCGUUUUUUAUCAUUGGAACUCCAAUCAAUAUUUUUGCAUUUGUGAAGACAAGUCGCAACGUUCGAGAAGGAGGUGUGGAAUCCCGCUUGGUGAAACUAAGCCGACAACUUCUCAUUGCUCAUAUCAUGGUUCUUUUUAUGUACGGAAUCUGGAGAAGCUACUGGAUUUACAAUAUCGUUUGGACUCAAGGAGAUAUCAUGUGUCGUGUCUUCAGUUUUCUCUGUGCUCUUCCCUUUCAUCUCUGGUCGAAUAUGGUUGCCGCUAUUGCAAUUGAUAUGUUAUGCUGUAUAACAUCUCCAUUGAGCAGCUAUCGGACCGGCGCAAACCGAGUUAAUUGGCUUAUUUCCUUAGCUUGGGGCUGUGCUGUCGUUUGUGCAUCACCAAUGAGCGUUCUUCGGGGAACCAUUCGGAUCAAUGGGGAAGAGAACAUGUAUCAGUGCUACCCGAGAACUGAUGUGUUUAACGAGGAUAUCUUGAUUGCUUUCAACCUGUUCCACGUCAUAACUUCCUUUUACAUCCCAUUGUUUAUAGUUAUUAUAUGCUAUUUGGCUAUUGGGUUCUCAAUCAGAAAACAGAUGGCCGAACGUCGUCUGCUUCAGGAUGGUGGACAAAGUGGGCAGAAGACCACAAACACAAAGGCUCGAUUUCUCAAAGCUUCCGUGGCUAUCAUAUGCACUUUCUUGUUUACAUGGCUACCAUAUCAAGUAUUGGCUCUUCUCCGUAUCGUUUGUGUUUCUGAUGAGUGUCAGGAAAUGGUUAGCAAGAUGAACUGGCUUCAAGCUAUUAUUAUUGCAAGCACUUGCAUCAACCCAUUCUUAUAUCGUUUUGGCACAGAGCCAAAAAGGAAUUCCUAUUACUGCAGUACCAUGGACACUGCUGGCCAACCUGUUCCACACACCGUCCCCACAAAAUUCACAUCUCGAUCGAAAAUGCGAUCACUUUUGCAGGAAGUCGGUCUGUCCGCCGAUCGACGACGGUUCGUGAAGCCGAAGCCCAACGGGUUGCUGCUGCCGCAAUGCGGGCACGGUGCAAUGCAGCCGAACAACCGAACGCCUCCACAAUCUCGCCUCGCGGUACACGGGCAACGGUCCGAGAACCGACGCGCGUCCCAAAUCGACUCAAGAACACCAAGAGUAAUGAGGUUUAGAUGCACUGGAUCGUUGGAUGGAAAAGUUGAUCGAUGUUGA